UAGACGGAGCAGACAGACUGGCCCUGGACUGUACUGCUGACCUAGAAUGGCACAGAACGGAACAGCAGAGAAUGGAGUGGCCGAAGAGAUCCCAGCUUCGCCUUUUCCUCAGCCUGUCAAAGUCCAGGAUAUCAGACACACCAAGAUUUUUAUCGACAAUGAAUGGCACACAUCCAUCAGAGGAAGGACAUUCCCAACUUUCAACCCAGCGACAGGUGUCAGAAUCUGUGAUGUGGAAGAAGCAGACAAAGAAGAUGUGGAUAAGGCGGUGGAGGCAGCCAAGGCGGCCGGGCAGAGAGGCUCUCCGUGGCGGAGGGUGGACGCGUCCAGCCGGGGCAGGCUGCUGCACAAACUGGCCGACCUGAUGGAGAGGGACCGGCUGCUGCUGGCGACCCUGGAGACUCUGGACACAGGGAAGCCUUUCCUGCAGUCCUUCUUCAUCGACCUGGACGGAAGCAUAAAAACUCUUCGUUACUACGCGGGCUGGACCGACAAGAUCCACGGCAAGAGUCUGCCUAUAGAUGGAAGCUUCAUGUGUUUAACCAAACAUGAGCCUGUUGGCGUAUGUGGAGCCAUCAUUCCAUGGAACUUUCCUCUGCUGAUGUUCAUGUGGAAGAUAGCACCGGCCCUGAGUUGUGGAAACACUGUGGUCAUCAAGCCAGCAGAGCAGACCCCCCUCACGGCCCUCCACGUUGGAUCACUCAUCAAAGAGGCGGGGUUCCCUCCUGGCGUUGUGAACAUCGUUCCAGGGUUUGGUCCCACAGCAGGAGCAGCCAUCGCCUGCCACAUGGACAUCAACAAAGUGGCCUUCACUGGCUCUACAGAGGUGGGCCAGCUGAUCAAAGAAGCUGCAGCUAAAAGUAAUCUGAAGAGAGUGACUCUGGAGCUGGGAGGAAAGAACCCCUGCAUUGUGUUUGCCGACUGUGACUUGCAGCUGGCCGUGGAGGAAACCCAGAAAGGAGCUUUUUAUAACCAGGGUCAGUGCUGCACAGCUGCAUCACGUGUCUUUGUGGAGGAAAGUAUUCAUGAAGAGUUUGUGCGCCGCAGCAUAGAAAACGCCAAGAAGAUUGUCAUAGGAGACCCGCUGGAUCCCCGGACAUCACACGGGCCACAGAUUGAUCGACAGCAGUUUGACAAGAUUAUGGAUCUGAUAGAGAGUGGGAAGAAGGAGGGUGCCAAGCUGGAAUAUGGAGGAGCAGCUGUGGACGAGAAGAGCCUUUUCAUUCAGCCCACCAUCUUCUCCGGGGUCAAAGACCACAUGCGUAUUGCCAAAGAAGAGAUCUUUGGUCCGGUGCAGUGUAUAUUCAGCUUUAAGAGCCAGCAGAAGGCCAUAGAGAGAGCAAACAGCUCACAGUAUGGCCUGGUGUCAGCAGUCUUCACAACCAAUAUGGACAGAGCUCUGUCUGUGUCUGCAGCCCUGGAGACUGGCACCGUCUGGAUAAACUGCUAUAACGCCCUUCACGCACAGACUCCCUUUGGAGGGUAUAAGAUGUCAGGCAACGGACGAGAACUUGGAGAAUAUGCGCUGGCUGAAUACUCUGAGGUGAAAGCUGUGACCAUCAAACUGAGUGAAACCCUGUGAGAAGAACUGGGAAAGUCCGGUGUUCUGCACUUCCCAUUCCAUCAGGCCACAUCACAAUUCUCUACAACCCACACACCCCCGUCUUUGUCUACAGUCAUGCUGAUGCAUUUGAGAUUCCGGUUAAGGCAAUAAAAAAAAAUUGUGUUUUUCCAAUAAUUUAUUUAGAAUUUCCUUGCAAAUAAGGAGAUAAUUUGGCACAGUAAUUAUGGAAAAAACAGAGCAGUGGUCAGUUAGUCAAUGUUCAAAAGACAACCACAUUUUGAAGGUGGUUAAAAGAAAAAGCUUAGCUAACUAGCUAGCUCUACACCAAUCCUUAGCUAGUUAUAUCUGAUAGCUAAUGUUAGCAAAAUACUGGCUAAAUAGCUCACUAAGGCUUGAUGUAGAUUAGUUAGCUAAUUAGCUAAUGUUUUGCUAGCAUUAGCCAAUUUUAGAUGUGAUCUAUAUAUACAUGUCACUUUUAUCUUCAUUUUCAAAAUGUGGUUGUAUUUUCAACAUAGACGAGCCCAACACAUAGCAUAUCUGAGUACAGGAGAGGAGGAAGCUGACAUAGGCUUGCUCAGCUGCUAUUG